CAGCCGAAUCCACGCUCGCAGUUUCAGUCGGCGGCUACCAUUGGUUUUACCUUGUGCCAGACAGAGUCCGAAAAAAAAGAAAAGAAAAACAAAAAAAAACAGAAACACUGCAUGGAAGAAGAAGGAGAGCUGCGCGCUUUCUUGGGCUCAUCCCUCCCUCGUUAUUUAGCAGUGGAAUGAAUGGUGGCACUGGUUUCUGUGGCUGUGUUUGUCUUCUGCCGUCAGUCCGCAGCCUUGCUCAUGUUCUCCCGCAGGCGAAGCGACUCCUCCCCGCCGCCUCAUCCGUGACACUUCAGCAGCAGCAGCAGCGGGAGCCGCGCUGAGGAAGGAAGGAGACGAGCCUGCGCUCCGGUGGCUGGAAGCUCCGUGGAGACACACGCCGCGCCGGCUGAAACCAGCGAGAAAAAGUUGAGGAAAACGCAGAAGGACAGAGGAGCCGGACGGAGCUGUUCAUUCUUCUCCUCCACACAGUUUUUGGACUAACCUGGCUGGGGUCGCCUGCGCUGAAACGGCGGACAGACCCUCAGAGAGACGCCGCGAACAGGAACGGAGCUCCGGCUGGUUUGGCUGCUCGAACUGAACCAUGCUUUUUUAGCUAAAUCAAAUAUUUUUUUAUUUUUCUAAGCGUUUAAGCUAGAAAAACUGCUGUUUUGGAGCUGUCUGCCUGUGUGUUUGUUUGUUUGUGAAAGAGGGGGAAAUAUAUAAUAUGUGUGUGGAGGUCCAGUGAAGAAGUUCCAGCCCAGGAGAAACCUCCUUUUUUGAAUUUUAUGAAUUUUACCAGUUUUAUGAACACUGCCCUCUCGAAAGCCCUCUCAGCCUUGGGCUUCUCUUUCUUGUUUUAGAGGCUGUUUUACAGGCGAAAAAUAAGCUCCCACACGUCUUUUCCCUACACCAUUUCUCCCAGCUGCUUGUACGUAUGUGUAUGUUUCUGAGACGAGCUCAAGCGCUUGCUGAGGACGGUGUAGCCCAAUGAGAGUGAACUGACGGCGGGCGAGAGUGAAGCUAAGCAGCCGCUGAUUUCUAGUUCUGCCUCCACGGCCCACAGGACACGAGAGAGCCGCAACUUUCCGCCGUAGUGAUGCUGCAGGUGGAAAUGAUCAUAUUCGUCUGCCUGAUCCUUUGGAUGUGUGUAUUUAGCCAAGAGCCGAGCUCCAAGGUGAUGGCCGACCGAUACGCCGUCUACUGGAACCGGACCAACCCCAGGUUCCACCGAGGGGACUACCACAUCGACGUCUGCAUCAACGACUACCUGGAUGUCUACUGCCCACACUACGAGGACUCGGUCCCUGAGGAGAGAACCGAGCGCUACGUCCUCUACAUGGUGAACUACGAUGGCUACAGCACCUGCGACGACACAGCGAAGGGCUUCAAGCGCUGGGAGUGCAACAGGCCGCACUCCCCCAACGGCCCCCUCAAGUUCUCAGAGAAGUUCCAGCUCUUCACACCUUUUUCCCUGGGUUUCGAGUUCCGGCCAGGCAGAGAGUAUUAUUACAUAUCAUCCAUGGUUACAGAGACUGGAAGAAAAGGCUGUCUUAAGCUGAAAGUCUUUGUCAGACCAGCGAACAGCUGUGUGAAAAUCAUAGGCGUUCACGAUCGAGUUUUUGACGUUAACGACAAAGUAGACAAUUCAUUAGAACCCAGAGACGACACCAGUCACGAGUCAGCUGAACCCUCUCGGAGCGACGCAGCUAACUCAGGGCACGGGCCCCCUGUGCUCGGCCCCCUGCUGGCUCCUCUGCUCCUCGGCAUCUCCGCGCUGCUCAACUUAUAGCCCCCCUUCUUCUUCUUCUUCUUAGUCCCAGACAAGCCCCUGCAGCCCCCAGCGCCCUUCUCCCACGAGACCAGAAGCUUUACACAGGCCGAGGGUUACGGGAGGGCUCCCAGACUCUCCAGGAACACUACUUACGGCCCUCGUGUUUCGUUUGUUUCUUUUUUUUUUUUUUCCAAAUAUUUAAGUGGUCUUUCUCAGUCUGUGAUUAAGGAUGAAAAAAAAAAUUGAUUAGUAGUGCAAAAGGAGAAAAGCUUUUAGCCAAUCAGCUGAGACGCCCUAGCGUGAUGCAGCAUCUGGUCAGCAGGGAUCAGAGCUUAAGGGGGUGGAGAGGUUCCACGUUUAGAAUAAACUGUGGGUUUUAAGUUAACGAUACUCUAAAUGAACAGAUACAAAUGUGUACGUUAAGGGUGUGUCCUGGUGCAGUACAGAUCUCCUAGCUCUGGUGUUAGAGACAAAUAUAGAAGGACUGUUUGCCUGUUCUUUCCUGUCGGCCUUCGACCCUAACAAUUCGCAAAGUUCUUCGUAAAGUUCUAGAAAGUUCUAGAUUUGGCAAAAAAAAAAACUAUGUUCUAACUGGAUGACAGAAAGUCUGGACUCUACCCUGAAGAAAAGGGGGGAAAAAACACACCAGCUGGUCAUGUGGGCCAGUUGACCCUGGUGGCUGAGUGUGUUGAGUGUGUGUGUGAGUGUGAGUGUGUGUUCACUAACUGACUUGCGAUUUUCUUGCGAUUUGAUUUGAAAACGAGGAGGAAGAUAAGACACAUAUUUAUUCUCUGCAAAUGAGGACAGUGACUUGUCUUAGUAGACCACACCACUAAAACAGUGCUUUUUUGUAUUUUGUAGGAUAAACUUAACUGCAGCAUAAAUGCCUAUAUUUUUCCUAUGACUUUUAUCUAUUGAUAUGAAAUAUCAACGUUAACGAAUCAUCAAUUCAACAAUUCUUUAUCGUCAUGACUGCAUACGUCCACCUCUGUAUAUACAGUACCAAAAGGGGCUGCACAUGGUGUUCACUUCGGUUUCCUCCCCCCAAGAAGGAAAACUAAAUCAAAAACACAGCAUCUGUUACAAAACGAUGAACGAUGAAUAUCUACGUAUAUCCAGUUAUUUGAAACACCUUUGCGCAUCUUUUACCUUCUUUUUACGACUACUGUACAUUGAUAUAGCCGCUAACUAGUGUAACUCAGCCUCAUAUUUUAAUUUUUUACAUUUUUUUUUUAUUACGACGUUAACAAACUAUGACACUCGAUGAUCAAUCUUAGGUACUCUGUGAUCCCACUGUUUGCCUUCUGCAUGGCAGCCUUGAAUCUAUGAUGAAUUUGUUUGUUGCUUUUGCCAGUUCAGGCCUAGAAGGAGCAGGCUUUUAGAUUUUUUGAAUCUUUAGAAUUUUUGAGUUUUGGGAUAGAAUGUUUUUUUUUUUAUUGUGCGCAUUCACACCUCCGACCGUUUCCAGUUUUAAGUGACUCCUUAAUGAGGUUCAGGCACGCCGAGUUCAUGUUGUCAUGUUGUGGCAGGGGAGAUAUUAUUUGCGCUAUUAAAAAUAGUUGGUUGAAAGCGGCCUCUGCCGAGGGAGGCUCGGAUUUCACUGGGAUAAAUUUUUCUUUUCUUUUUUGACCUUGCAGUCGGAGGGUUCCGCACGGAGCAACUAAAGACGGGCAGCGAGGAAGAAACAGAAACAGACGUGGUUUGAGUUUGGAGGAGAGGGGUUAGGGGAAGUGGUUCGUAGGCACUCGUGAAAAUAAACAAUAGCUGGGGAAUUUUUUUUAACAAUCAAACAAAAAUUGAGUAACUGUUUUCUGCCCUUUUGAUUGUCAGCAGGCCUGUUUCGUUCCCUCGCCAGUUUUUUUUUUUUUUUUUUUUUUUUUUUUUU